UUACCGCCACAAUGAGCGCCACGCGCCGCGGCCGCCGCAGUCGCGUCACGACCGUCUCACUGUGACGCGUGACGCGCCUUUCCGUGACGCUGGUGACGCAACAGACGGUCAUCCUGGCUGCAACGAUGGGCGACCGUGACGGGCGGCCGUGACGCGUAGUUCCGGCGCUAACCGGUCCCGCGCGCGCGAACAGCGCGAAUCGCGCGCCGCGCGGUCUCGAUGAAAGUGAACCCAGCCGGCGAGACGGCCGCGCCAUGGGUCUGAUGAGGGCGGGAGGUGACGCUCACCCCCCCCCCCCUCCCCCCGGGAGAGGUGACGGAGGGGAGGUAGCCCGAGGGCAGAGCGGUAUCAGAGCCCACGGACUGCGGAGGUGCCUCGGGUCGGUCGGGUCACAGAGCCAGGCGAGGGGUCAGAGUUCGCACGGGAGUCGAGGCCGCGAGAUGGCGGCUGAGAAGAGGAUCCACGCGCUCCUGGCUGCGUUCGUCUUUCUGUUGCUCUCCUCCGACUCCAGCGGAGGACGACCGUUCGGUCGGCCGGAGCCACGGACCCUUCAGGAGUUCCUCGGUCAGUCCGUGGGAUACCUGGCGAGGGAUCCGGCGGGACACGGAUCCGGUCGGACCUCCGGAUACGGAACCCCCAAGCCGUACUUGCCGAUCAUACGGACCGUGGUGACUGAUGGAGAAAAUUCGCCAGAACAUGGAGAAAAUCUGCCAAAGUCGCCAGAAGUUAGAGGUUUUCAAGAGAGUUUCGUCGAUGAAUUCAGACAAAAUGAAAUAUCUACAGAGCACGAAGACGCAAACAAAGAAGGCAAGGCUCUUGGGCAGGACUAUGAAACGUUAAAAGCAGCCGCAGUGAGCAGCCUGAGUAAAAAUGCAUACGGGUUCAAACACCACCCCAAGAGGUACAGAAAUGACCCAAAGGAAAGCUCUGAAAAGUCUUCCGGCGGUUCUGUAAGACAUCUCGAAGAGUCGUCCAGCACCGUUCACCGUGACUCUGAUGAUUCAGCUGGCUUCUUCAGUGAGCCUGACUGGCCUGAUCGGCCUUUGGAGGGAAGAUCUGGUGAUGGUUUCCAUGACGACGAAAGUGAUCACAGGAGUGGGUUCGAGCCGGGUGGAUUUUUCUACGAGGAGUACAGAGUGGAAGGCGAUCCAGUCCGCUCUGACGGCGACAAACACUCGGGGACAACUUCCGGACCGCGCCAAAGUCACUCUUUCGCCACAGGGGACGGGCACAAAACUUUGACGAAGUUCGGCGCCAUGCUCAACUUUGAACCGUCCCGAUCACAUGGGGAAGACUCGAACUCUCGUCCAGGGCAGAACGGUUUCGGAUCGUCUCCAGGACAGAACGAUGUGACCACAAAUCAUUUUACAAACUCUCUGCAGGAAUUUGGACCUCCGAAAGAAUCCAAAGAUUUUGAUAAUUUCCACAAUAAACCGAGACACGAAAACGAACACAGAGAAUUCCACUUCGAAACUUCUUCAAUAAAACCAGACGACUUCUUAUCUGGCGACAUCACCCAGCGUGAGUCCCACUCCUCUUCACAAAGCUACGACCCCUCGCACGUCUUCCAGCCAGUUCGCGAGCGCCCUCUUCUCACCGAUAGGGAGACCUAUUCCUCCGACUUCUCCUUUUCCACCAGCAGCGUUUCCAACGAGCACAACGGCGACGUCUACACCACCGACAGCCCGAGACAGCACGACGGCCACGGCAGCGACCGCGAGCUGCGCGCACAGGUCGCGUUCGAGCCUCAGCGCACGACGUCCUACCAUCGCGAGGGAUACAACACGCCCAAGCCGUACAAACCCCCGCCGACCUCGCCGACACCGAGGCACGGGGCGUUCCCGCUGGCCCGACCCGGCUACAGCGGAGAGCACGGCCUGGCGGCGUACCCGGAGCACGGCCCAGAGCACGGCGUGGGAUUGUACGGCGCCUCUGAGCAUUCUCUUCUGGGUCACAGCGCCGCCAAGCACGCCCCAGGCUACGCCCAGUCGUACCACAGUGGACAUCGGGGGUACGCAGGGUACCCUCACAGGUACUCGGUGUACGUGCACGGGUACCGUACCGUGCCGUACUCCAGUACCGUGGUACACUCGGACCAGCAUCAGUACGUGGGACCUGCGUACCCCAGUGGGCACGGAGACAACACACUGAGGUACGGGGUACAUCCGUACCACACUGGCAGCGGGUACAACUCGGGGUACACGACUGGCCACUCCCACGUACCGGGGUACGCCGGCGAGGCAGGGUACUCCUCCGGUCGGGACCACCUCCACGGAGUACAACUCUACCAGAUCACCCAGCCGCUCGACCCCCACCACCCCAAUCACCUCGAGUACGACCACGGCACACAUGACUACGUCCCGCCUGGCUACGGUACGCCAAGCCACGUCUCGCCCGGCCAUGGCACGCCGGGGUACGUCUCCCUGGAGUACGUCCCCGCAGGCCACGCCGGCGGCUACGGCCUGAAACGUCCCGAGUACAGUUCCGUCUACCAUGACGACUACGCCCAGUACGCCCGGUACGGCGGGUACGGCGCACGGCCGUACCGCCGUGCUGACGGAACGGUGUCUGGGACGGAGGACGAACAGCAGCCGGCCGCUUCUGAGGUAGUAGAAACAGUCGCCGAGGCUUCUUCUCCAGUAGCUGAAACUUCUUCUCCAGUAGCUGAAGCUUCUUCGGCGGUGGAUGUUGUUGCACAGGCGGCGUCGCCACUAGACGUCACUGCAGAGGCGUCGUCGCCAGUGGACAUCGUUGCAGUAGCCUCUUAAGUUCUGUUCGGUUUUCUUAGGUCAAAGAAGCCUCUGAACCUACGGUAUGAGCAGCGCAUGUCUCUGAACCUGUGUGUGGGAGCGACAGAGACAGAACGUGGAGUAGCUGUUCCGAGGGGCAGUCAGGAGAUUGAGAGUGGGUGAAACGUGUGAUGGGCAAGCGCUGCUUUGUAGAAUUACCGGGUUUGAUGUGUCAUGAGACUGUCGAAAUCCCUGUAUGAGCGUUGUGAAGAAGUUUUUAUAUAGGAUCCCUUGUAAGUUGUAACUUAUUUGGCUUACGUUCAAUCUGCUUGAAGAAGGGCAAUGUAGUUCCGUGAAAAGUAGAUGUGCUUAUGAUAGGCAUAGCGCCAGAUAACAUGCUCGAUGUUCCCACUAUCUAGACCUCACAAGCCUACACAUCAUCAGAAAUGAUGGUAGAAAUAGGACGACCAUUUACAUCUUUCAUCAUUUUUUUUUUUGUAUUCUGUAGUCGCCGUUAAUGAGAGUAUAUAGAACCGCUUUCAGCUGCUAGCCCCGCCGUAUAGCGACGAAAGCUGUUCGAUGUUCAAUAGUCAAUACAAAAAUCCCUAUAUGUUAUCGAACUCCUGUACUUGUAUAACACAAAUGUAACGUUGCAAAAUGUUUUGCGCCGUUUUUUUUUUUUUUGCAGAUGCAUCGAUUGAUAAACCUUUGUCUUCUCCAGAUCACAAGAAAUACAUUCUUAGCUUCUCAGCAA